AUGCCUCACAUACACAAAGCAGUUGAUUUGGCCUGGCUGAUGACAACACUGAGUUGUAACCAAUCAGGAGGUUGGUGUUGCUUAGAAAGUUCCGGUAUUGGCUUUACUUAAAUGGUCCAAAAUCUGUUCUCUUCUUCACACACUCCACUCCUCAAGCACACUGUUUGUUUUCAAGCCAUACUCACAAUUUCACAGAGACAAUAACAUGCACUGUAAAGAUCAAAUCAGUCACAAAGACUACCAGAGGUCAGUGGAUUGGCUCCAGUCCAAAACACAGCACAGACCUAAAGUGGCCAUCAUCUGUGGAUCUGGACUGGGCAUGCUGGCUGAUACACUCCAGUGCCAGGAAUCCUUCAAGUACUCUGAUAUUCCUGGCUUUCCACAAAGCACAGUGCAGGGCCAUAUUGGGAGGCUGGUGUUUGGUGAACUCAAAGGGAAGACCUGUGUUUGUAUGCAGGGCCGAUUUCACAUGUAUGAGGGACACUCAAUAUAUAAGGUCACUUUCCCAGUGAGAGUGUUCAAGCUUUUGGGUGUGGAAACCCUGAUUGUCACGAAUGCUGCAGGGUCCAUAGCAGAAAGCUAUCACUGUGGUGAUGUCAUGAUCAUUAGAGAUCACAUCAACUUCCCUGGACUUGCUGGUUUAAACCCACUAAAUGGCCCUAAUGAUGACAAGUUUGGACCUCGUUUUCCCCCUAUGUCUGGAGUUUAUGAUAAAGACUUGCGAAAGCUGGCAUUUGACAUCUGUAAGAGGAUGGGCGUGACCCAGUUUGUCCAGGAGGGAGUGUAUUGUAUGGUGGGUGGGCCCAACUUUGAGAGCAUAGCAGAAGCCAGACUUCUGCACAAACUGGGAGUGGAUGCAGUGGGCAUGAGCACAGCCCCUGAAGUCCUCGUGGCUAGCCACUGCGGCAUGCGUGUGUUUGGCCUCUCACUUAUCACCAAUAAAGUGGUGAAGAGCUAUGAGGAUUCAGAGACCACCAAUCACGAAACCAUACUGGAAUUGCUGUUCUUCACAAGUUUCCGCAGACAACUGCCUCUGAUGUGCGAGUGGAUCAGACGCAAGUGUAAAAAUGAGCAGUUCAGCCAAAAAAAAAAGGAGCAUAAUGUGUAGUUUUUGUAUAGAGGGUCAGUAUGGGUGUUGGUGCCAUAAUUUUCAGUGUUCUUUUAAUAAAAAGCAUUUUUCAGUUUCCUUUGUUCAGUUUUAAAAUGCUGAAACCAUGUAAAGUUUAAAUAAAA